AUGUACUCAGCACGCAACAGCAGGUACUUGUUGGAACCAGCAUCAUUCAACUGUCGUUCAAUGACGGACUGCCAAUACUGCGACGGAGUGGCGUCGUUCUUUAGUAUGUUGGACGCGUUAAGCUCAAUCACUUCCUGGAAACCGACAAUCACUAUGUCGGGAGAAAACGAAGAACCGCCGAUCUUGCGCGGGAAUAGCCAGCUGCUGAGGUCACCAGAAAUCGUGUUACCAGCAACGUUGUACGAUCCAACCGUUGGUGCCUGUGUAUAUCUGGGAGAUCUGGUCUCCAUGGUCGGCCCACAGACUGCUGUGUUUGUUGUUGAGGUCGUAGAUGUCUCCCUUGCGGAAAGCCUUGACGAAUUCGUCGAGUGCCGCCAUGGAAAUUACCUGCUGCACCACGUUGGUACGAUCCAGACAGUCCAGACAGUUCACACGGAAAACGCCCUGCUGUUCCAGCAGAAUCUCUUUGGUGGCCUUGUUGUAGCAGUAGAACCCAAACCGGUCCAGAGAAAGCUGGAUGUCGGACAAGAUUCUGGCUGCGUGUGCAUAGGUUUUUGCUGUCUCUUGGUGGAAGUCAAAGUCAGUGAAAUAGACCGAGUCGGGUUUCUUUUCGUCCAAAGCCAUGAAAUGAUGCUUGUAUUCUCUGUUGAGCUCAACCUCGGACGAUUUUGUGGACGACAGAAGGUUCACAAUGUUGACAGGACCGUACUUGCCGUUGAGGUUCUCGAAAUGUUUUUCGAAAACAGGCUGAGUCGCUUCGAAACUUCGGGUGAUCUGAACUUUGGGCGAGAUGAGAGCCGUAUCCUGUUCCCAGAACACAGGAAUCGAGCCUCUGAUCUGGGUAUAUGCAAAAACGUGGUGUUCGUCGUCGUAGAUGAGUUCUGUCUCGACAAAGUUGGCAACGUUGCCGUCGUCGUCGACUCCACGCACGUUGAACCGCGUGCCCGCCCGUUUCCAGGACUGCUUGGAGAUGAUGGUGAGUUUGGACUUUCUGCCUCCAACGCUCGCACGCAUGGUUUCUGCAAAACCGCGGAUCACUGUGGUGAGAAACCUGUUUUCAUCCAGCACUUUUUUGGGCAGGUCGUCCAGGUUGUUGCGGAACUUGAUCACCUCCUCCAUCAUGAACGCGUUCCACAUGUAGUCCAAAUGGAAUCUGUCGCGCGAGAGCGAGUUCUUUGUGUCUAUGCCUCUUGUUUGCAAAGUGCUGGUGAGAUCAAAGUCCGAGCUGUAGAAGAACGAGCCGUCGGUCAGCAGCUUGCGAAGCUCUCCCAGGUGUCCCUUGUUAAACAAUGGAAUUCAACGUCCAUGAUCUUGUUGAUGACCUCGCCCUCAAUCGGCGACGCCACAUCGACCUUUCCUGUGAUCACCGACAAAAACACAUCUCCGUUCAUCUCAAUCAGCCCCAGAAAGCCCAGAGGCUUGUGUCUAGACAACGACCUAAAACUCUUGCCAUGGAACAUAUCCUUUGGAACAAGCUCGAUUGCACACUUUCCCGCUCUGAGCGGGCUGUGUGCUUGCGGUCAGCAGGCUCUUGUACUCGCCGUAGAAGCUAAAGUAGAGACCCCAGGCGGUGGUGCUACCGAGCAAAUUGGGCCCGACUCCUCGAUAAAUAUUGCGUAUGAGCUGCGAUCGUUGGACUACCCCGUUCGCGGACGAGUCCAGCAGCAGUUUGUUUCUGAUCUGGCGGAAACUUUCGAGCUGGGUCUUGGAUGUAGUGUCGAGCUGGAGUCGCAGCUUGAGGAAAUCCAGCGGGUGCGAAAUGAGCGUUGUGAUAAAUCCGGCAGUCAGUCCAGAAACCGUCUCGAUGGACCGCGAGCCAAGAAGACGUGCCUCCUUAACGUCGUCCACGAGAUUGACGGACCUGUCAGACAUAGCUAA